GAAAUUCACCACACGACAGGCAGUAUGACAGAAAGUUUAAGAAAAUAGACACUGACACUUGUGUUUUGGUAUUCAAAUCAAACAAUAUCGUCUAUAUCGUCGAGUGAUUGACUUUUUCUACGCUGAUCAAACAUAAAAAUGUCGUUCGCCGGAAAAUCGGUUAUUGUGACUGGGGCUAGUAGCGGUAUUGGUCGAGCAACCGCAGAACAUCUGGCGAAACAGGAUGCAAACUUGGUUUUGGUUGGACGCAACGAAGAACAAUUGCAGAACACUGUCGACUUGUGUUUGAAGGCGACACAAAAUGUACUUAAAAUUGUUGCCGAUGUUUGCAUUGAAGCGGAUGCUGAACGAAUCAUUCAGGAGACGAUUGCUAAGUUCGCAAAAUUGGAUGUGCUAAUCAAUUCAGCGGGUAUCAUUGGCUCAGGCACAAUCGAAACGACUACACUUGACCAGUACGACCGCAUAAUGAAUGUCAAUGUUCGCGCCAUAUUCCGACUGACACAACUCGCCGUUCCGCAUUUAAUUGCUUCGAAGGGCAACAUUGUGAACUUGUCCAGCGUUUGCGGUAUCCGAUCAUUUCCGAAUGUAUUGGCCUACAAUAUGUCAAAAACAGCGGUAGAUCAAUUCACGAAUUGUGUCGCUUUAGAACUGGCCGAUAAAGGUGUACGCGUUAAUUCUGUCUGUCCGGGCGUUAUUGAAACGGAACUGCACAAACGAGGCGGUAUGGAUCAAGAGGCUUAUGCACGAUUCUUGGAGCACUGUAAAAAGACACACGCUCUUGGCCGUGCUGGCAAUGUUGAAGAAGUCGCAGCAGCCAUUGCAUUCCUCGCAAGUGAUGCGAGCAGCUUCAUCACCGGCGUACAAUUACCUGUUGAUGGUGGUCGUCAUGCAAUGUGCCCACGUUAGAUCGAUUGUUCGUUAAGGAGUAUCAAUAGGGUGUUUGAAAAAAUGGCGCUAUUAAAAAGAAGAAAACAAACUUAAACUCAUUGUGCCUUAUAACGUACAUUUAUAUUAAUUGAUUUAAGAUAGAAUUUGAAGUGGGAAAUGCUUGGUUAAUAUUAAUAAUAAAGAUUAAAAUGCUUUGAUUUUUA